GUUAUUAUGUCAAAUUCGACAAAAAGUUGAAAGUUGUUUAUGUAGUUUGACUAAUAGAAAAUUAAAUUCAAAUAGAUUACCAAAAUGAGUCUUUGGGUAGAUAAACACCGACCUAGAGAUUUAAUGAAGUUAGAUUAUCACAAAGAUCAAGCUCUAAGAUUAAAAAAUCUUGUUCAACAAAGUGAUUUUCCCCAUUUACUUGUUUACGGUCCCUCUGGAGCCGGUAAAAAAACUAGAAUUAUGUGUUUGUUAAGAGAACUGUACGGAUCUGGAGCAGAACGUUUACGCCAAGAAACUAUGCACUUUACAACGCCUUCAAAUAAGAAAAUUGAAAUUAUGACUGUAAGUAGUAAUUAUCACAUUGAGGUUAAUCCAACUGAUGUUGGUAUACAUGAUCGUGUUGUUAUUAUGGAUUUAGUAAAGAAUGUAGCGCAAACACAUCAAAUUGAUUCUUCUGGGCAACGUGAGUUUAAAGUUGUAAUAUUGAAUGAAGUUGAUGAUUUAACGAAAGAUGCUCAACAUGCAUUGCGACGUACAAUGGAGAAAUAUGUAACUACUUGCCGACUUAUUCUUAUAGCCAAUUCAAUUUCGAGGGUAAUUCCAGCCAUCAGGUCUCGUUGUUUAACAAUUAGGGUACCCGCACCGACAGAAACUGAAAUUGCAAGUGUUUUACAUGCAGUUUGUAAAAAGGAGGGAUUAAGUUUACCUAGCGAGUUGGCAAUGCGUAUUGCAAAGUGUGCUGAUAGAAAUUUGCGACGGGCAUUAUUGAUGUGCGAAUCAUGUAAAGUCCAACAAUACCCAUUUACACCAGAUCAAAAAGUACCAGAACCGGAUUGGCAGAUAUACAUACGAGACACUGCAUCGUUGGCAUUAUCUGAGCAAUCACCCAAAAAACUUGGUGAAGUAAGACAGAAACUAUACGAGCUGAUAAUUCAUGGGAUCCCACCUGAUAUAAUUUUUGCUGGUUUGUUGAAAGAGCUCGUACGUAAUUGUGACAUGGCCAUGAAAUGUCAAGUUGCAAAUCAUGCAGCUCAAUUUGAGCAUAGAAUGAGGCUCGGUAAUAAGCCUAUAUUUCACCUGGAAGCUUUUGUUGCCAAAUUUAUGGCCAUCUAUAAGAAAUUUGUUGAAGAAUCCCUUGGUGAUGCAUUUUAAUUAUUAUUAAUAAUCUAUGGAUGAUUGAAAUAAAAAUCUUUAUCAUCGUCUAAACUCCCAAAGUGAGCCAAAGCUUUCAGUUCUCCACAAUCUGUAUCCAAUCAGGUCCGAUUUCAUUACCAUUUUCAUGUUUAA